CCGCCCCCGCCUCCGCCCCCGCCCCGGCUCCAUGGCGCCCGCGGCCCCCGCCCGCGCUGGGGCCCCGCUGUGGGGGGGCCGCCGCUGUCUGGCCCUGCUCGGCUCGCUGCUCGUGCUGCUGCUGCUGCCGCGGCCCAGCCCGGCCCUGGCCUGGGACCAGUCGGAGAAAAUUCUGCUACGGGACAUCCAGGCCUUGACCCUCCACCGAGACCGCUUCACCACUGCGCGCAGGACUGCACCCAUCCCUCAGCUGCAGUGCCUCGGCGGUUCAGCUGGAUGUCCAGCCCACAUCCCUGAAAUCGUGCAGUGCCGCAACAAAGGCUGGGACGGCUUUGACGUUCAGUGGGAGUGUAAAGCAGAGCUCGACACGUCCUACCGAUUUGGCAAGACCGCUGUGAGCUGCGAAGGUUACGAUUACCCCGAUGAUCCCUAUGUGCUCCGCGGCUCCUGCGGCUUGGAGUUCAACUUGGAGUACGAGCAAGGCCGGAAGAAAUACAAAGAUGCCAGUGGUGGUGACGCCAACAGCCACGGGAACACCUAUGGCUCCAAUUACUUCCCCGGGUACGUUGAGAAGAUGGAUUCCCCUGUGCCCUCCAGCACCAGAGGCCUGUUGGCCGUCGUCAUCCUGCUGGUGCUGGCCUUGGGCGUUUAUAAGCUCUUUCUGAAAGCCCAGAAUGAGGAUCUCCCCCCGCCCUACACUGAGCAUCCCCAGGACCACCAGAGGUUCUUCCAGGCGUCCCCACCCCCGCCUCCUCCUCCCCCAGGCUUCAAGUCCUAUUUCACAGCAUCGGGUACCCCAGGCUGGGGCUUUGGCAACUCUUUCACGGGUCCCCGAGCGUUUGGCCAGUCUGGCCCUGGAUUCUGGACUGGAUUGGGGACUGGUGGCCUUUUAGGCUACUUGUUCGGAAACAACAGGGCCACGCCCCUGUCGAACACUUGGACUCAUCCUGCGUAUCCUCCCCCGUACUUCAACACCUGGAACAGUCCGGUGCCCCCGUCCGCGCCCGCUAAUUCCCGGAGCUCUGGGUCUUCCUCGAGCUCCAACACGGGGACGAGGACCACGUCAGGGUUUGCCGCCACCAAAAGACGUUAAGAAGAUAAGGCGGAUGAAUAAACCCUUCAGACGCAAAUUUCUUAUUUUGGGGUCACUUUCUCUUUAAAAAGCUAUGUACUAAGAACUGUGGGAAGAAACCUUGUUCAAGUUUAGAGGCGGAUGAUUGCUUGUAACACUCUUCGUCGUCAGUUCUGUAAUAUAGCUAAGAGUUGGGCUUGUCUGUAGGUGGGUCUGGCGACCCUUGGCCGCCUCAGGCAAGUGGUUUUGGCAGCUUCCGAAGGAUGCACGCUGUCCUGGCCCC